AUGUCCACUGAAUCCCCCGAAUCCUCUCAGAAUGACAAUCAGACCAAAGCUUGGGAGAAAGCUGAGCGGAGAAUGGUCCACAAAAGUGCCAGCCAAUACUAUGACCCCUGCCAAGAUUUCGCAGAUCGGAGUCUCAAAUGCAUGAAGCGCAAUGCCUUCGAUCGUGAAAUGUGCCAUGACUACUUCCAGUAA